CGAGGGGUGGGUGUGUUUGUCCCGAUAAAAGAUUGGCUUCUGCCCCUCAUCUUCCCCAGCAGCCAGAGGAGCAGGAGCUGGGACUCCCCGCAGCUCCGCAGGAGAAGGGAGAAGCCCAUUUGCUCCUCGAAAUGGGCAGGAAGGAUUUCAAUUGUCUUUUCCUCACCAUUUUCUGCACAAUGGCUCUGAAGCUGAGCUGUGUCAGCUCCAUGUCUGUGGCAGGGCUUGGAUAUGCUGUUACAGCAGCUCUUGUGCUUUCAGCUGUGCCUGUCAGCAUGGUGGAACACGCCGAGUUUCUGAAGGCUGGGAAGGAACCCGGCCUUCAGAUCUGGAGGGUCGAGAAGUUUGAUUUGGUCCCAGUGCCAAAAAACCUGUAUGGAGACUUCUUCACUGGGGAUUCCUACCUGGUGCUGAACACCAUCAAGCAGCGCAGCGGGAACCUGCAGUACGACCUGCACUUCUGGUUGGGUGAUGAAAGCUCUCAGGAUGAGCGUGGGGCUGCUGCCAUCUUCACUGUGCAGAUGGAUGAGCACCUGCAGGGGAAGGCUGUGCAGCACCGCGAGGUGCAGGGCCACGAGUCCCCCACCUUCCUGGGCUACUUCAAAUCUGGCAUCAAAUACAAGGCUGGUGGUGUGGCUUCUGGCUUCAGGCACGUGGUUCCCAACGAGGUCACUGUGCAGAGGCUGCUGCAGGUCAAAGGCAGGAGGACAGUCCGGGCCACGGAGGUCCCCGUGAGCUGGGACAGCUUCAACACAGGGGACUGCUUCAUCCUGGACCUGGGCAGUAACAUCUUCCAGUGGUGUGGCUCCAAGAGCAACCGCCAGGAGCGGCUGAAGGCCACGGUGCUGGCCAAGGGCAUCCGGGACAACGAGCGCAACGGGCGCGCCAAGGUCUACGUGUCAGAGGAGGGGUCCGAGCGCGAGGAAAUGCUCCAGGUUCUGGGACCAAAGCCCAGUUUGCCAGAAGGAGCUUCUGAUGAGACCAAAACCGACACAGCCAACAGGAAGCUGGCUAAGCUCUACAAGGUCUCCAAUGGGGCUGGGAACAUGGCAGUGUCCCUGGUGGCAGAUGAGAACCCCUUCUCCCAGGCAGCCCUGAGUACAGAUGACUGCUUCAUCCUGGACCACGGCACAGAUGGAAAGAUCUUUGUUUGGAAAGGCAAAGGUGCCAACUCUGAAGAGAAGAAGGCAGCACUGAAAACAGCCUCAGAGUUCAUUGACAAGAUGGGUUAUCCCAAACACACCCAGAUCCAAGUCCUCCCUGAGAGUGGUGAGACACCUUUGUUCAAGCAAUUCUUCAAGAACUGGCGGGACAAGGACCAGACAGAAGGGCUGGGGCAGCCUCACGUGUCUGGCCACGUUGCCAAGAUUGAGCAGGUCCCUUUCGACGCGGCCACCCUGCACAGCUCCAAGGCCAUGGCUGCCCAGCACGGCAUGGAGGAUGAUGGCUCUGGCAAGAAACAGAUCUGGAGAAUAGAAGGCUCCGAGAAGGUGCCGGUGGACCCCGCCACGUACGGGCAGUUCUACGGCGGGGACAGCUACAUCAUCCUGUACGACUACCAGCACGACGGGAAGCGGGGACAGAUCAUUUACACCUGGCAGGGCGCCGACUCCACGCAGGAUGAGAUUGCAACCUCUGCAUUCCUCACAGUACAGCUGGAUGAGGAGCUGGGAGGCAGCCCCGUGCAGAAACGAGUAGUGCAAGGGAAAGAGCCCCCUCACCUGAUGAGCAUGUUUGGUGGAAAGCCCUUGAUUGUGUACAAGGGUGGGACCUCGAGGGAAGGAGGCCAGACUGCACCUGCGGCAACGCGGCUCUUCCAGGUCCGCUCCAGCACCUCCGGAGCCACCAGAGCAGUGGAGCUGGAUCCUACAGCCAGUCAGCUGAACUCCAAUGAUGCCUUUGUCCUGAAAACUCCCUCUGCUGCCUACCUGUGGGUUGGCCAAGGAGCCAGCAAUGCUGAGAAAUCAGGAGCACAGGAGCUGCUGAAGAUACUGGGAGCUCGCCCAGUACAGGUUGCUGAGGGCAAAGAGCCAGACAAUUUCUGGGCAGCCUUGGGUGGCAAAGCCCCGUACCGCACCUCGCCCCGCCUCAAGGACAAGAAGAUGGACACUCACCCCCCGCGCCUCUUCGCCUGCUCCAACAAGAGCGGCCGCUUCACCAUUGAGGAAGUUCCUGGAGAUCUGACUCAGGAUGACCUUGCCACAGAUGAUGUGAUGCUCCUGGACACAUGGGAUCAGGUCUUUGUAUGGAUUGGGAAAGAUGCCCAAGAAGAAGAAAAGACUGAAGCACUGAAGUCUGCCAAGCGCUACAUUGACACAGACCCCUCCACGCGGGACAAGAGGACCCCGGUGACCAUCGUCAAGCAGGGCUUUGAGCCUCCCACCUUCUCCGGCUGGUUCCUGGGCUGGGACGAUGACUACUGGGCUGUGGAUCCCCUGCAGAGAGCAAUGGCAGAUGUGGAUGUGUGAGCAGUGUUUGAAACAGAGCAAGUUCAGUGCCUUCAAUGCCUUCAAGAGCUCCUUCCUCCUGCAGGAUGUAUGUUAACGAGGGAAUGAUGUUAAUAGCCAAUUAGCUGUGCAAUAAUUUCCGAAAACAAUCACGACCAGUCAUUGACCCUACUCCUUGCUUUGAUUAUAUUUAAUACAAUAAAGCUUGUAUGAAAUAUGGGAAGAACAGAAAUGGUGGGGUUUGUUAUGAAGAAGAAAACAUUAAAGAGCAGCUGUAGAUCCCAUGUUUGAACACACCUUAGAAACCAAAACCUUCUUUAAGCCAUUUUUUGCACAUGGACUUUUUAGUAAAACAUUACAGAAAUUAUUUUGAGAAGUUGGGACUGCUUUGCUUUCCCCUCUUCAGAAUUAUAUGCGUUUGAGACCCUGAUAAACAGUAUUUUACUCUUUCAGAAACUCACUCAUUAGUAAACAGCAUGUUUUUUAUUCAGGAUGAGAGCAAAAAAGCAUCUUGUGGUAUCAACAAGAAUUCACAGGGGUGGCACCUGCAGCAGCAGCGGGAGUUACAGGGUGACUCAUCUUCCCCAAGGAUUAACCUGGAGCUGUGCUGGUGCUCUGCUUCCCACUCCAAGUGCCUGAGCACAGCAAUGCUAAUUACUCCAGCUUUGCUAACUGUUUCUCCCGCUCCCAGCCAGAAGUUAGGCUCAGCUUACAUCAGCUGCCACCUUGACAAACACAAAGUAUAUUGCUUUGGUGAUGCAGAGGAAAACCUGCCCAGCAGACAGGCAGAAAAACAACAGCACUUGGGCAUCUCCUGCCAGUGACAAAGGCACAGCGUGUCGAGGCACAGGUACCCAGGCCUAAAACACCUGUAAAUACAGAGCUGAUUGGAGCAGAAAGGGCAUAAGAAACUACUUAUGGAGUUAUGCUGGCCAGUGGGAGAAGGGCACUUACAUCAGUGAUCCUGGCAUUUCAGUUCCAUUGCCUCGUCCCAGAUUUUAAAGCUGUCAGACUCAGUGCUGGUGGCAGCCUGAAGAGUCUUCCCUACGCUGACUUCACUGACUUCACUUCUUCUCUUAUUAAUCCGUUCUACAGGGGUACAAAACAGGAAGUUUAACAGCUUGGGUUAUGUGAUCUGAGGCCCAGCUGCUUUGAGGAUGAAAUGUAAGCCCUUAUUGACACAACAACCACUCCAGGUCUGCACAGAGCAGCACCAACGGGUAAAGCACCAGUGCAGCACCUGCUGUUAAACACCACUCCUCCCUGCUGCUAGUUACAGACAUGGCAUUUCCUAGAGAAAUAAGGUUGUAGAUCUGGAUAAAAUGCAGCACUUUGGUUUUUAAAAAAAUAUUUUUAGGAUAAACAGAUGCAGAGCCUUUUCAGUGCUUUAAAGCAGUGCAACUCUAUGCAGACACAGCCUCAUAACAACAGCAGCCCAUCAGCGACCACAAGCACGUUGUAUCCAUAACUACGGCAUGUUUGUGCCGUUCCUGGGUGGCAGCAAGACACAAAGUUUCACUCACAACUGCUUCUCAUCAAUGGGGACUGGUUUAGAGAACAGGAGCCUGAUUUUCAGGAGCCCCCCAGGACACUAUUCCACUUCCCUCGCAGGGCUGCAGACCCAUUUUGUAGAAGGAAUAAUUCCAAAUGUUGGAUCACCUCUACCACAACUGGUUUUCUAU